AUGAUUAACAAUAAUAAAAAACGAUUGUAUUUCAGAAUUGAUUUGUUCCUGCUCUAUCAUACCAUAGCUAAGGCAAUGGCAGCUUUUCGGCCUGGAGAUCCACCUGAAGAUGAAAUUUUUAAAGAUUUGAAGGCAACAAUUUUUGCUCGCGAUAAAGUUCUUGCUAAAGUAGUACUUGCAUCACUGAAGAAAAGGGACAAAGAAAAAGGUUUUUGCACCUUGGACAAGGAACAUGGAAACUUACUACUUCGUAGUGCUCUUCAAAAGCACAGAGGAAUAGCUGAAUUGUUGCUGGAGUACGAUUUCCCAGUUAAUAGGCUACGUAACCUACCUUGUAAUUCACCACUACACUUAGCAGUAAAAAAGAAUGACUUAAAGAUGGUCAAAAAGUUAUUGACCAAAGGUGCUCAUGUAAGGGCGAAAAAUUCCAAAGGGAAGUCUGUACUUUAUACUGCAGUUGAGUUCGGUUUCGACGAAAUUGUUGAAGAGUUAUUAAAAUAUGAUCAACCAGAAGUAAAAAUGAACAAUAAAUUUAUUCCAAUAGAUUUGGCUGCGGCAAAUAAUAAUGAGAAGAUUUUCAAUUUGCUAGUAAAGAGUGGGGCCGAAGCAGAUUUAAAAUACUGUGACGGUACGUUAAUUUUUCAUGUAGCCGUUGAAAAAGGGUAUGAGAGCACGGUUCGUACGAUUAUUGAACAAAAAAAAUAUGAUACUGCGGAUGUUAAAAAUAACCAGUUAUUAUAUGCUGCUGUGAUGAAAUCUGACGACUACUUUAACAGAAUAACAACUAUUAAUAUUGUAAAUAUGCUGAUCGAUGCUGAAUUUCCUAUCGAUCCAAAAAAAAUUAAUGAUGGAGAGUUUGCUCACAUUGCUGUAAAAAAUGGAUUCAGUACAAUUGUUAGUAGCCUCAUAAAAUUGGGCUUGGAUCCAAACAUUGCAAACUCAGAAGGAGAUAAGCUUUUAAUAACAGCAUGUUCAUCUGAGAAAGCAGAUAUUGUUAAAUUGCUGAUAGAAAAUAAUGCUGACGUUACUGUUAAAAAAACAAAUAAUGGUGAGUCAGCACUAUAUUGGGCUAUUCAAAAUUUACAUUCUAGCAAUGAUAAAACGUAUUCUGCCAAUUACAAUUUUUAUUCACAUAUUGAUGGCGAUGAAAAGUUUAUGGACGAUAAAAAUACUUGUUGUUCUAACGAAUGGUUUGAAAUUAUAAAAAUGUUAGUAGAUCGUGGCAUUAACGUUAAUGAAGUUGAUUCAAAAUACGAAAAGCUGUCACCUUUGUACUAUGUUGCGAGAGAAAAUUAUCGUAAUGAAUUUUAUCAUUAUAUUGAAGAACUUACUACGUUUUUACUACAAGCAGGAGCUGACAUUAACUCACGCGAUUUUUGUGGUAAUACUCCUCUUCAAUAUGCCAUUAUCAAAGGGCGUCUUGAAAUGGUUAAAUUACUUUUACCAAGUACUCCAAUUGACAAUGAUCAUUAUUCAAAUAAUCAAAAGCAGACACUUCUUCACUCCGCGGCUCAGUCUAAAACACCUGAAAUAAUAAAAAUGCUACUGAAGCGAGAAGAAUUCAAAAAUUUGGAGAUUGAAGAAGAUGGGUAUAAAAUGACCCCACUUGCAUUGGCCGUUCAUAAAAAUCGAGUGAAAGCUGUUGAAGCUUUGUUACAACAUGGUGCAAACGUUAAUACAGUCGACAAAGGAUUGAGAACACCGCUAUACUAUGCCACGCACUAUUCACAUGGAAUGAUCUUUAAAAUUUUAUUAGCUAAUAAUGCAAAUCCUAAUUGUAUUACUGAAGAAGGACUGACACCACUCCUUAUGGCAGCUAAAAACAAUGAUGAUUUUAGCAUAAAUCAUCUUUUGAAGUACGGAGCCGAUAUCGAUCUAAGAACCGGCUUAUCUGGAAAAACAAUUUUACAUUAUUUGGGUGAAAGCAAUGAAGAAGUUAAUUUUAAUAUCUUAAAUAUCGGUGCUGAUAUUAAUCGCUUAACGAAUGAUAAUAAAACUGUUCUGGAUUUUAUCGAAGAAGCUAUGAUCUCUAACUGUAAUCGUUGUAAGAAAAAUAUAGACCCGGUAAACUUUGAUGGAUGGUAUACCCGCACUUAUCGUAAACAUGCUAAAAUUAUUAUAAAUCAUAUCUUACAACUUCAAGCUAUCGAUUCGUUUGUUUGCGACGAAAAUUUAUAUGCAAUGUAUAAUUUUGAAGAUAAAUAUGGAUGGAUUGAUCAGAAUGUUAAAAAUGAAGGUAAAAAAACGACAAUUGAUGAGAUGAAAAAAAUGUGUGAAGCAGAAGUAGAAUUGAUGAAAACUACCUUAUUCGUCAAUACCAAUGUUAGUGUAUAUCACAUUUUAACUAAGUGUCCUCAUCGUAUUGCUAACAAUAUAUUAAAGAAUGAAAAUGUUUUCAAGCAAUUGCAAACACCUGCCUGUAUUGAGAAGUUUCCUAUUUAUAGGCGCUUGUUCGAGGGCCGCAUUGAAAAGUGCUUAGAAAGGAAAGAAAUAUUGGAUCAAGAUAUUGAUUACUCGUUUCACAAUGUUUUUUCAUCUUUACCUCCCGUUUGCAUUCAAGAAAUUCUACGUUUUUUGACUAAUUAUGAUUUGAAAGUUCUAAUAGGCGUAUGUCAAUCGCCUAUGGAUUAUCAGGAUUCUCAAUCCAAUACUGAAGUACCAAUCGAAGCUGCUGCAAAUCAUGUUGCAAAAAAACAAAAAUGCGAAUAAUCUUUUUACAAAAUUACUCUUUAAAAGUAUGCUACUGA